UACUGGCAACACCAAUGCAGCCGCCAUUAAAAAACGUCCAUCCGUUUUGGACUUUCAGUGGGUUUUUAUUUAUUACAGACAUUUUUAAAUAAUUAGGUGAAUCUCGGACACCUUGGACAUUGUGCAGUGAAACUGAUGUGAUUUAUAAUUUAAGUGUCGUGAGUAAGAACAUAACUGAGUGCUCAAUAUUAUAAAUAUCGUGGCCAAUGUCAGCAGGCGUGUCAGAUCAGCGGAUGAAAGGGCAAGGGAAUCAAGUUAAUAAUGCACCGAAAGAGCAACAGUUAGAGAGUGGCGGAGAUGAGUUGGCUGAGGUGUCAUGGCGUCACCAACAGCAACCCUCGUACGCGCCGCCCAUCUCGUCAGCCGACCCCUACAGCGCGGCAGGUUAUUACGGUACAACAGCACUUCCUUACCAAGCUUUUGGAGUCGGGGAUGGGACAUGGUCCACCAAUGGAACAGACCCGAUGACUUUCCUCGGAGGAUACAAUCCUCACGAUUCUUAUGGAAUGGAUGGUGUAUUCGGACACUCAACAACGCCAUUUUCGACCGCUGCAUUCGGUCAACCCGCAUCCACAUUCAAUUAUUUUCACGGUAACGGUGACUACUCCACUUGGGGUCAAUUAGGUCGCGCUAAGCAAUAUGACGACUACUACAGGAACGAAGGCAUCUACGUGGCCGACGGCAUCAAGGCGGUCGAGGCCGGCGUGCAGGCGCUGGCGCUCGGCGAGCACAACAAGGAGCGCGCGCCCGAGCUCAAGGACGCGGCCGGCGCGCCCAAGAAGAUGACGUGGGCCUCCAUCGCCUCGCAGCCCGCCAAGCCCGCGCCGGCCGCGGCGCCCGGCGGGCUCAAGAAGAAGGGGCCCGGCAUGCCGCCGCCGCCCAUCGUGCCCGGCAAGCACAACAUGGACAUCGGCGCCUGGGACAAGGCCAGCGCCGCGCCCGUGGCCGCCGCGCCGCCGCCGCCGCAGCCGCAGCCGCCCGCCGCGCCGCCCGCGCGCGCCCUGCUGGCGCGCCCGCCGCCGCCGCCCGCCGCCGCGCCGCCGCCCGCGCCCCCCGCGCCCCACCCCGUGCUCGACGAGCUGCGCGUCAAGAACGACUACAACCCCAAGGAGUUCGACCUCAGCGCGCCGCUCGCCCGCUUCUUCGUGAUCAAGUCGUACUCGGAGGACGACAUCCACCGCAGCAUCAAGUACGAGAUCUGGUGCAGCACCGAGCACGGCAACAAGCGGCUCGACGCCGCCUUCCGCGAGCGCGAGCGCGAGGGCGGCGCCGUGUACCUGCUGUUCUCCGUCAACGGCAGCGGCCACUUCUGCGGCAUGGCGCGCAUGACCAGCGCCGUCGACUACAACUCCAACUCGAGCGUGUGGUCGCAGGACAAGUGGAAAGGACAGUUCCGCGUGAGGUGGAUCUAUGUUAAGGACGUUCCUAACGUGCAACUUCGUCAUAUCAAAUUAGAAAAUAACGAGAACAAGCCGGUGACGAACUCGCGCGACACCCAGGAGGUGCCGCACGCCAAGGGUCUGCAGGUGUUGCGUAUUAUGCAUAGUUACUGUCACUCUACGUCUAUUUUCGACGACUUCAUUCAUUACGAGCGGCGCCAGGAGGAGGAGGACUCGCGUAAGGUUCCGCACCAUAACAACCAGGACAACAGCCGCGACGACCAGGAGCCGCCGGGGCGGGGCUACCGCAACUACCGUGACUAUCGCGACGGGCGAGACGGCCGCGAGCAUCGGGACGGGCGCGACUCGCGGGACCACCGCGACUCGCGCGACAACCGCGAAGGUCGGGACCCGCGCGACCAGAGGGACGCCCGCGACCCGCGCGACCACCGCGAUCACCGCGACCACCGUGACGACCGCGACGGCCGGGAUAACCGCGACCACGGCUACCGUGACCGUGACUCUAACUAUAGAUCCCAUCAUAAGGACCGUGACGGUUCGCGUGGCCGCGGGCGUCCUCGCAAUUGAUAUAGACGAUACACGAGGACUGUUGAGGACUAGCUUCUCUCCAUAGACAACUAGUACUGGAGUAACUAAUUGGUACCGUAUUAUAAGGGCAUGUCUAUGUGUCGGGGCAUACAUGAACAGAAUGGAGGAUUUGUCCUUUUCAAACGUAACCGAUGUUACGUUGCAAUCUGAACAAUUUAAAUGUAACAUAGAAUAUUGAUUGUUUUAAACAGUGCGUCAUUAAAAAACUCUCAACAAAUUAAAAUGUGCUAAAUAUUUUGUACUGGAAGAACGUUUUAUUAAACAAACGCCUAGUGAACCGAACAUUAACUAAUAACAACAUUCACCAUGUGCCAGUUUCGUGACACAUGACAUUGAGUGGAAUUGUGGACUUUGUUUCAAAUUUGUGGACUGAAUCAAUGAAAUAUACUAAUUUUUAUAACUAGAAAAUUCUGUGGUGAGAGGAGUUGAUCCUUUUUAGGGACUGGUGAAGUUAUAAAUAACACCAACAUAUUGUGAGUGUUGACUGAGUGUAGUGUUAUUAAAGGUACCGCAGUCAUCAAGUGUUGAAUAUUAUAAAGAAAUGUUAACAAUAUAGUAUGUCAUGGUUGACAAUUUUGUAAUACAUAAAAUGAGAAAAAAUUGUAAUCAAGCAAGGUGUGGAAAUUUUGUAUACAUUUUUUUAUUAUCUGUAAAAGGACAGCUAAAGAUUCUCUCGUGGCAUUGAGUUCUGUUUUAUGCUUUAUGUAUGUAGUACAAUUUUCUUUAAAUAUGUACGUAUUUUUUCAAGGGACUGUUGUUACAUGACACGCACUAUUAAGCCAAGAUCGAUCUGGAAUGUGAUACUGUUUUUAUUAAUAAAGUACUCUAGUAUUUUAACUCUUGAGGUGGUAACACAAUAAUGUUAUUGAUUCUGGCUACACCAUCAUUGUUGGUCAAAUAAUUUUGGAAUUUUAUCAGUUUCUGUUUUAUUUUUACAGUUUUAAACCAAUAUUAUAUUUUAUGAUAUUUCUUAAUAAACCUGUUCCAGACCGAUCUUUAAUAAUAAUUUUAUCCAAAUUGAAACUGUGCUUCUUUAUGAUGCGAAAAAAUGAUUGAUUUUAUGAUUUUCAUAUAGUUUUAGGUAGAUAUUAAAAUAUUCCUUGUUGAAUUUUUUAAUUGUAUGUACAUAUUUAUACAUUUUAAUAUUUACUACUUUUAAGAGCAACUGCAGUGUGACGAGAGAAAAUUGA